ACAGAUAAAUAUUACCAGUGUAUAAAUGACGUCCAGUCUUUUUUCUCCGACCGCCGUAAACCACCAUUACUUUCACCGUAACUCAUCGAUCCUCACCGCAAGCGGUCCUUAUAUUCCGUCUAUCCGUUUCUUAUCUUCCAAAAAUUGGCGGCGUAAUUGUAAUCUAUGGCGUGGCAGGUGCGGUGCUACUUCGCCGACUCCACCGGAGUCUGAACCACCUUCCGGAGAUGAACAUGAUUCUAAUUCAGGUUCAAUGGUAUCUGUCGCUAGAUUACAGGAAAGUGCUCAGAUUUUUUUUGCUGUUCUUUUUUGGAUGUCCCUUUUCUUCUGGUCAUCUGUAUGGGAUGGAAGAAAUAAUGGCAGAUCCGACAAGGGGCCUAGGUUCUGGAAAUAAAUCAGUGGACAUGUAGCUUGUAUAGACAUAUUGUAUAACUAGGAUAAUCAUACAUCGAAAGAACCAUAUACCAAUAUAGUUACGAAUAUAUUGUUGUAAUGUAAAAUAUCUUGCAUAUCUCUUUCAUUUAGACCCCUAUUUCAUCAAUCACCUCUUUAUAUACGGCUGUAUUGCAACUUGGCGGUUA